AUGUCAGAAUAUGUGCUCUGGUGCUUCCUCCAAGGAGAUUCACAAAAGUUUCCCAUAUCCGUUCGCAAUAGCGCAGAGUCGGAAGAAAUGAUUUCUCACCUCAAGUAUUUGAUUAGAAAAGAAAAGAAGAGUAUUUUUCGUUAUACCGACCCUAGUGACAUUGAUUUAUGGAAAAUAGAACUUCCAUUUGACGAAGAAACAAAACUGCAGAACCUCGAAAAUCAUCCAGAUAUUGAUACUUAUGUUGAAGAGACACUUCAUGGAAAAGCAUUGCUUAGUCCAAUACAAACUAUUAAAUUUAUCUUCGGCCCUUCUCCUAAUAAAAACCAUUUUCAUGUUUUUGUUAAAAAACCCGUAUUUAUCUGUUCUUACGAGUUUCACGAGCUUCAUCAUAUAAUUAAUAAAAUUAUAGAAGAGCGUAAAAAUCAAGAUACACCUUCACAUACUAUGGGAGUUGGAAAAGAGUUAACAGAACUAUGUUCUCUGGGAAUCAGAGAAGGAGAUAUCUUACGCUUUAAAAAAAAGUAUACGAAAUUACUAGGCACAUAUGUUAAACUCGACUUUAAGGUAAUAAAAAUAGAUGAUAAUAGUAGACCCUUGGUAAACAUUAUUAGUCCGCCAUAUCAAAGUGACUUUAUCCAACGUUUUUCUGGUAUAGUGAAUAGCAAGGCCUAUAAAAGCUUGAGUUAUCUAGAAAUAGACAUUAUCACCCAUGUCGCCAAACAUCAAUGUAUAAUGGACCUUGAACAGGAUCAUCCUAAAACUAGAGAACGGAUCGGCCAAAUUAUCAAAGAACUCGAAAUCCAACAUAUUAUUGAAGAAUCUGAAUACCUUCAAUGGGAAAACAAAUUGGAUGAAAUAAAACAGGCCAUAUUAGAAAAACAAAUGCCCAAUAUAAACUCCAAUAUGCAAUUUGAAGUGUUGCGGAACAAUGUUAAUCUGGGAAAAGUUAGUGAUAUAAUUAAACGAUAUCUCAAAAAAGGAUAA